UUGAUAAUACUGGUCGAUAGUGCUGGCGCCUACCUCGCGUACAUGAUCGUCUUGCUGGUACUAUACACCGCACGGCAGCCGACCUUCUUCGUCUUCAUAGACUGCAAUAUCUUCUUCGCGGCUCUGGCGUACAUGCUCAUCAAGGUCCGCGUCGCGCUCGGUACAGCGGAUCAGCAGGCGCCAACGCAAUCAAGCGCACUGCGAUGGGCAACUGCGAGUCAGCCAGCGAACUUGAGGGCAAGGUUGCGGACCGUGCAGUAG